ACGGCUGAGAGGAUCAUGUCGAUUCACGGCGACAGCGACGUGGACGCGACGGAGGAGAUCAACGUGGAUGACUCCGACUCCGGAAGUUGCAGUCCGCGUAAUUACGCCACCGACAAUCGUCGGCUGGAGCACUCGGAAUACUCGAAUUCCCCGCCCCCGAGCCAAACCAGUUCGAGAACGUUGCAAAACGAGUCACCCAGGAGUCACCCGUUCAGUAUAAGCCGUCUGUUGGGCGAAAAUCGACCGCAAAAUCCCAAGAGCCCUUCGUCGGAAGAUCUGGACAGCGAUAAGGAGAGGAAAUGGUCUUGGGAGGAGGGCAACAAUAACGGCGGCUCGUCGAUGACCUUGGACGAUGGCAGAAGAUCCUGGGGUCACGAGAUGGAAGAAAAAUUGUCGGAGAAGGACGACGACGACACCGGAAGUACACCGGAGACGCAGAUGAAUUCAACGUCGUCGGUUCAUUGCACGAGCGCGGCAGAUCUAUUGGCGCCGUUCAGACUUUUCCCGACCGGGUCCGGUCUCAUAUACACCGGCGGAGGCGUAAUAAGGGUUCCUGCUCAUCGACCACCCGGUGCUAAUGGGACGGCAACGGGUGCACUGCCGGCACAGGCGUUGAUACCACCUUGGAGUUUACAAGCUCUUCAGCAUAGUCAACAACAAGCGGCGGCGGCCGGUCUUCACAGGGCAAGCUUGUUGGCAAACCUGGCCGCACAUCCGCUUCAGGGACACCCACACCUCAAGGAUAGGCUCGCAGUAGCUGGAGCGUUUCCAAGGAGGAUCGGCCAUCCUUACCAAAACAGGACGCCACCGAAGAGAAAGAAGCCGAGGACAAGCUUCACUAGGUUGCAGAUCGCCGAACUGGAGAAACGUUUUCACAAACAGAAGUAUCUGGCAUCGGCCGAACGGGCAGCCUUGGCUAAAACUUUGAAAAUGACGGAUGCGCAAGUGAAAACCUGGUUUCAGAACAGGCGGACAAAGUGGAGGAGGCAAACGGCGGAAGAAAGAGAGGCCGAGAGGCAGGCGGCGAAUCGGUUGAUGCUGUCCCUUCAAGCCGAGGCGCUUGGAAAAGUGGCUUAUCCUGCAACAGUGCCGAACCAUCCAGCGGGAACCACCGUUCCCAGUUUAGACAGACAACAAGCACCCACUGCUCUGACCCAUCCUGUGGGUCAGUGGGCCUCGCCGUACGGUCCACCACAACCUCUAGCCGAACCGAUUUGUUGAACCAGGAUAAUUGACGCGGAUUCAAAGACUCUUACAGAGUAAAACUUCUUACGUAUCAGUCGUGUCACGUUUCUACGAUAGAAUAGUCGUACGUUUUCUAGGGCCGGUGCGACUCUUGUCGUUGCAGUCUCGUUGUCGUUCCAGUCUCCCAUGGUGCAGUGCUUUGAACGAUCGUAGACUCAAACAAUGUGCUUUCCCGCGUUACUUCCUCGAUAUUUCCAAAGAACAACCACUGACCAUGGCUGGAAAACGCAAAGCGAAACUCGUUCUUGUAAAGGGCGAAUCGAACGUUGUUGAGAUAUCAGGAGAUGUUACGCGGCGAAUUGUCGCUCUUUGUGAUCGAAACAGGAGACGAUUUUUCAAAAAGACAACGCUGAAGCACGGGAAAGCGGUUUCAAGAUUUCGGAAUAGAAUCGAAUUACCAUGGCCAACAUUCGGCAUCGGAAUCCGAUCGAAAACCUAUGGAGAGUUCUAGGAAGAAAAUUUCACGAUCAGCAGGAGUUGCCGAUAGAAUACGUCAGCGAACUUGAAAAGAGAAAUAAAAUCAACGUAGGCGAAUACUCGAGACGAAACUUUCGAUAAAUUAGCGGAUGGUGUACCUAAAGGAUUAAUUAGUAGCAAUCAAAAGUAAAGAAAAAUCCAUUGAAUGGAAACGUAACGAAAUUAGCAUUGAGUUUAUAUUUUUUCACAGGCGAAAAUACAAUCUUUGUACAUUCAGUUUCGCUUUACAUUGUAACGUAAAACUAUAUCAACGAUUUUCUUUCAAUACGAUGAUAAAUCUAAAAAUAGGCUCCAGUUUAUAAUUAUUCACGGCACCGUGUGUCUCUCUUCGUUUCCCCCGUAGAGAUACGAAGACGGAGUACGCGAGUCAUGUGUUAACCGUGCAAGCGAAUGCGAUGUGAGAAUAGGAAGAGAACGCUACGUACAGGCCUUUUCUGUUCUUGUCUAAUCAGACAUGCAUCAGACCGCUCAUUGAUCGGUGUUACACUUACAUAUUUACUGUACGAAUGUGCAUGCUUUAUUAGCUAUUGGACAAGGAAUGAUCAGCCUCUAUACAGCGUUCACGCAGCCUAUCUUCGCAUCUCUGUUAUGUUUUGCCAAUUAUGUUUGAUGAUAUACAAGGAAUAACAGAAUAACAAGACAGACAUCGCAGCGAGAUGGCAACGACAAUAGUCGCGCAUCUGCAACCGGGCCUUACUGCGAAAAUAGCAGUCGUUCACACUUGAAAACGUUGACAGAAAGAGGUCUGGAAUAGCUUACUCAAUUCGUAUUUUUAUCUUCAUCUCCUUCCAGUUUUCUUUAGACGUGUUUGAAACUUGUAGUGAGAUUUGCUGUUAAAUUUGAUUUAGAGCAUUUUCGAUAGAAAUGAUCGAGCGAGUAGCUUUUAUUUAAUUUCAAAAGAAGAUUUGUUGUUAAAUGAUAGUAUUUGAUGUGAGGGAAAGAUGGAAACUUGAAAUGUAAUUAUAGUUGAUAACGUGGAAAUAUAUAUUACGAAUGUUGUUGGAUAUUACUUGCCCUUUUUCGCUCGAUCUCUGCAUCCGCAAGUUUAAAUGUCCUUUUAUACACAACUUUUCUUCAGUCGACGGAUUAUGAAAACCAUACUGAGACUACUAGAGCCUUCGAAAAUUCAUGGUAGAUAGUUCGACGAAUAACGAUAUAUUUUUCAUUUAUUUUCAUAUCAAAACGCACGAUAUGUUUUGAAAUGUCACAGUGACGUUCAACAUGCUGCAAUUUGAGAACGUAUAGAAAGAAUCGACGAACGCAACGAGUAAUUUCAAAGCGAAUCUCUGAAAUCUCAGGAAUAUGUUCCGCUUUAUUUAUAUCGACCUGUAUCAAAUAUGAACGAUAAAAUGGCAAGGCGAAUCGUCACUGUAAUUCCAUCAAUCUCGAGUUUAACACGCGACAAUCUCUUCUCUAUUACGAAUCUAUUAGUCGUAUAAAUACACGCGCACUCACACGUGUAACGGGAAUUUAAAAAAUUUUCCAAAACUAAUCGCGGCGCGCUAAUUUGACGUGGCAUUAUUGACAGAGAAAAGAAGUCACAGAGAUCGAACGAAAAAGAGCAUCAGAGGCCAGCAGUUGUCUUAAUUGCGCUAUUUCUAGGUAGUAUCAACGUCUUACCGUCACGACGGCCAAUUUUAUCGACGUACUUAAUUAACGAACCGAGGGGACUGAUAGGGAGCUAAAAAAGAAACUUAAAUAAUUACGGAUUGCUCUCGUUUUUUCGCCAUCGCCACCCCUGUGAGCUCGCUCCGCAGAAAUUUACCCUCGUCAAACAGACACGAUACGCAGGGACAUCGAAAGAAAGUAGAAACAUAGAAAGGAGAAGAGGAAAGGCGAAGAGUGAGAUCCGGACAGCUUCCGAAGUUUGCGAAAUUCUUCGAUAGGCGAUGGAAUUAACCCUUUCGACGACGGCUGAUGGCGAUCUUCUGGAGCACGUUGACUCUUUUCAAUCCUUUUUAGGACCAGAUUUUUUAUCUUGUUUUUAUCUUUUAUAAAAAUGGUACAGUCGUCGGAUAUCAACAAUUAGAUCAUCGUCACCUGCUAACUACCGAUUCGCAUUUUGCGCUGUGCGUACGCAUUUUUAAAAAUUUCAAAAUUCGGAAAUUACAAGUAUCAUAGAAGGGGGCCGUUUAACGAAUAUCAGCUUAGUCUUUUACCUUCGUUUAACAUUUUUUCGCCGAGUAUACAUCAGUACGAUGUCCUGUUCCUCAAUGUCAAACAACUUUUGUAACCGCAUUCGAUUGAAAUUAAAGGCGAAAAAGAAAUUGAAAGGUAGGAUAUUAAAAAAAGAACAAAAAGAUCUCGUCAUUAAAAGAGUUAAGACUAUAUUAUCUAAGAAUUUCGCCUUACCAAUACUUUAACGCAGCAAUAAUCGAAGGCGUCGCAAAACACGAUUUAUGUAUACAAUGCAAUAUCAUUGACCGGAAGCCUCCGCCUCGGUGCAUCUUUCGAAUGGCACAGCUUAAUUGAAAGAUCCGCACGACAUAUCUGUGUAUAUAUUAGCGCGAUAGUAUGUAAUUAAAAACAUUACGAUGUAUGUACGAUAUUAAUCCGUUUCUGCGAUCGACUUGGCGACAGCGUUUUGUUUUGAACAUUAGACGUGCACACAUGUACUUACACAUCAUACAAAUACAGAAAGAAGAUAUUAGAUAUUAGGUGUACGAGAGAAUUUUAUGCUUUUACGAAGAGAACGUUCCUUUUGAUUUUUCAUUGAUGACAAUCUUAAUAUCGUUCUUUGCACAUUUCGAUCGAAUGAUUCUUUUUAUUUCUGUAUCACAAACUUUGCGCGGUCUUUGUUAUUUCUUGUACCAUUCUCGUCAAGUACGAAAGAAACUAGUUCAGUAGCUUCAAUAGCGUUUAUGUGGAAUAAAAAGAGAAUAUAUUAUUGAAUGUAUGAUUUAUUCCAUAUAAGUAAAAGAAAAGAAGAAAUAGCAAUCGUGGAAAGAACUUUAUUAAGAAAAUCAAUUUUUAAUACUUUAAUCCGGCAGUAAGGGAACAAAGCUGAAUGAGUUUAAGCGUAUUAUUUAUAACAUUGAGUUUAGAAUUUAUACUACGAUUAAGUGUUAGGAAAAUGAGUUACGCGCUAUAGAUACGAACGUUCCUCGCAUUCUUUUUCCUCGUUAUCUUUCAACCGAAGUUACAUCGUCGGCCUUGCUUCCAUUCCGAGCCACACGGAAAAUUGUGAACGACAUUCCAUUUUUUAAAGAUUCGAAUUACCGAGGAACGGGUCGUACUGUCUCGAGCCAAGACAAUCCUACAAAUUGUAAAACUAGAAGAGCGAAAAAAUUCUUUCUUACAUCUAAUGCACGAAUUACCAUGUACGUGUAUGUAAAGAUCACAUGGGAAAACUAUAGGUCACAUUUUCUAUUUUUUUAUAGAGAACGAUAUACAGAGAGCGAUAUCGAUAAGUUCUAAAAAUAUUUAUUUCCAUAACACA